AAGUGGUAUAAACCUCAAACCUCUGCAUAAACCUCAAUGUUCAUUCAUAUGGCAGCCUCCCAGUUGAGUGACGAACCUUGAUUUGCACCACAAGUAUCUUAGAUAGAGAAUUGAAGUGUGAGUGUGUAUCUGAGAGAGAGAGAGAUGGAGACACAAUCAGACGGUAACAGAGACAUGGCGAACAUGAAGGACCUCCGUCAACACCUCGAAUCCCGUCUGGACACUCUGCACAAUGCUCAGCUGGACCUCAUCUCUUCCCUUCAAACCCAAAUCCCCGACAUCGUCUCCUCUCUCGAUCUCUCCCUCAAGGUCGUCUCUGCCUUCAAUGGCCGCCCUUUCACUCCUCUUCCUACCCUCCUCCCUAACCCUAACCCUAACCCUAAUUCUAACCCUAAACGAUCAGCACCUCCACCCCCCGAAAACCUCCCUGACACUCCUGAAAACCGCUCAGUCCGUGAUCCGAAACCCUCCGAUUCCAAGAAUCAGCAGCCGAAACGAUCUCCCGAAGCUUCUAUUCGUCGAUCGGAUAGUGAAAAGUUUAUGAUUGAUGAGAGUGGAAGCCCUUUAUCGGUAGUUCGGUCGAUGGUUGCGGUUUGUUUGUUGGAAAGGGUGCCUUUUACGCCGAUUGAUUCGUCGACGGUGCUGCGGAAACUGGAGAAUGAUCAGAAUGCAACAGCAGGGGAGAAGGCGGCAUUGCGUGAGCUGGGAGGGGAGUCGGGGGCGAUACUGGCGGUGGAGAUGGCACUGAGGUCCAUGGCGGAGGAUAAUGGCGGAGUUGAGUUGGAGGAGUUUGUGGUAAGUGGGAAAUCCAGGGUUAUGGUGAUGGGAAUUGACCGGACUCGGCUCGUGAAAGAGUUGCCGGAGAGUAAGCAGUAUCAACAAAACGAUUCGAAUUCUUCCAACGAAGGCAAUCAAAUGCAACAAGGGGUGGGAAGUGGGAGUGAGGUUAGUGGUGGAGUGCUUGGAAUGGGAGGGCCAAUUCCUAGGCCAAUGCAGGAUAUGUGGAUGGGGCCUCCAGACCCACAUUUAUCAGGAUUGCCUCCAUUGUUUCCGGGGACGGGAGCACCAGGUGCGAUGAUGGGGCCUAGGGGUGGGCCUAGAGGUAUGGGGGGGAUGAUGAUGAUGCCGAGAGGAAUGGGUGUUCCUCCAAUUCACAGACCUCCGUUGGGGCCGAAUGCUCCAAUGGGUGGCUCACACGCGAUAUCUUUGAAGCCUAGGACCGAAGAGGAUGAUUUGAAGGAUCUCGAGGCUUUGUUAAAUAAGAAGUCUUUUAGGGAGUUGCAGAAGUCAAAAACUGGAGAGGAGCUUCUGGACCUCAUUCGCCGCCCAACUGCGAGGGAAACUGCUGUGGCUGCAAAGUUCAAAACCAAAGGUGGUUCUCAACUAAAGGAGUACUGUUCAGCCUUGACAAAAGAAGAUUGCAGACGUCAAUCUGGUUCCUAUAUUGCAUGUGAGAAGGUUCAUUUUCGACGGAUAAUUGCUCCUCAUACUGAUGUCAAUUUGGGGGACUGCUCCUUUUUGGAUACUUGCCGUCACAUGAAGACUUGCAAAUAUGUUCAUUAUGAGCUUGAUAAUACACAAGAUGUGACGCCUAUGAUGAUGGGGACUGGUCCUCCCCCUAAACCUUUGAAGCCUCAACGUGCUGAAUAUUGUUCAGAAGUGGAGCUUGGUGAACCACAGUGGAUUAACUGUGAUAUCCGGAAUUUUAGAAUGGACAUUUUAGGGCAAUUUGGAGUUAUAAUGGCAGAUCCACCAUGGGACAUUCAUAUGGAGUUACCUUAUGGUACAAUGGCUGAUGAUGAGAUGCGUAGUCUUAAUGUUCCUGCACUUCAGACUGAUGGCCUUAUUUUUCUUUGGGUAACUGGACGUGCAAUGGAGCUCGGACGAGAGUGUUUAGAACUUUGGGGAUACAAACGUGUUGAGGAGGUUAUUUGGGUGAAGACCAAUCAACUUCAGCGAAUAAUCAGAACUGGGAGAACAGGCCAUUGGCUUAAUCACAGUAAGGAGCAUUGCCUUGUUGGAAUAAAGGGAAAUCCAGAAGUAAACAGGAAUAUUGAUACAGAUGUCAUUGUCGCGGAGGUUCGAGAAACAAGUCGUAAGCCAGAUGAGAUGUACCCCAUGCUGGAGAGGAUAAGUCCAAGAACAAGAAAGCUGGAAUUGUUUGCUCGCAUGCAUAACACUCAUGCAGGGUGGAUGUCGCUUGGUAAUCAAUUAAGUGGAGUUCGAUUAGUGGAUGAAGGGCUGCGGGCUAGGUUUAAGGCUGCUUACCCUGAUGUAGAGGUGCAACCAUCAUCACCACCAAGACCACCUGCCAUGGAAGUAGAUUCUAACACUGCUCAAAUGAGGAGUCCAUUUGUGGGAGGUGAAUUAAAGUCCACGGAAACACAGUUUGCAGAGGGCACAGCUCCUGGGUCUGCCUAUGUUUCUGAACAGAAGUCGAUGAACCUUGAUAUUGAGAUGACCAGCUAAUUCACCAAAUUCCGCCAUGUGCCCAGGUUAUUGUCCUGGUCAUAGUGGAGUUCACUGAUCUGAUGAUGCCCACAGUUUAUGAUGGGGAACUGUUCUGGCGUCUUUGUCCCAUUCCUUACCUUUAUUUGUUUUUUUUACCACAAAUCAAAAAUUGAUCAUUCUCUAGCCCCCUUUGAGUUCAGGCUUUGUUUAAUACGAUAGGCAACAGAACAUGUAAACUAUUAACAUUGAUCAGUACCAUUGUAACAAUUACCAAUUGUGGCACCCCCUUUUCUUUUCUGCUGUUCUUUUAAAAGUUUUUCCUUUUU